AUGACGUCCGAGGUUUAUCGAAAAAUUUUUAACUAUUUGAGAACAAGAUCUUGGCUUUGUAAGCGUAAAGGUAAAUACACCUGCAAAAAUUACAAGCACAUAACAAUGGAGCACUCCGAGCUGGUGGCAGAGAUGGUGCAUGUUGAAAGACUGACCACGCAGGAGCGAUUGCACUUGGCACGUCAUCGUCGGCUUCAGCAGCUGAAAGUGUGGAGACAACGCGAAAAGGAAUGGCUGCGGCACCAAACCAGGCACACGAGUAAUAAACGUCACAUAUACUUUAGCGACAGUGUUAUGUUGUUGGAAGCCGCUGCAAGAAAUGACAUCGACGAAGUAAGGAGACUGCUAAAAAAGGGUGUAAACCCUGACUCGACCAAUGAAGAUGGUUUGACGGCACUGCAUCAGUGUUGCAUAGACGACAAUGAAGAAAUGAUGAAGCUACUCAUUGAAUUUGGUGCUAACGUGAACGCGGAAGACAGUGAGAAAUGGACGCCGCUACACGCCGCUGCUACGUGUGGUCACUUGCAUUUAGUCAAAUACCUCAUUGCCAGAGGUGCGAAUUUAUUAGCCGUUAAUGCUGACGGCAACAUGCCGUACGACAUUUGUGAGGAUGAAAAAACGUUGGAUUGUAUCGAAGGGGAGAUGGCAAGGCGAGGAGUUACUCAAGAAUUAAUAGAUGAAACAAGAGCUUCGACCGAGGUUCAAAUGUUACGCGAUUUGCAAAAGAUUGUUUCCUUAGGAGGUGAUCUUGAAUAUAAAGAUCAUCAAGGUGCCACACCUCUUCAUAUAGCAGCGGCAAACGGAUACUUACGAGUCGUAGAAUUUCUUCUUGAUCAACAUGUAUCGACGGACGUAGAAGACAAUGACAAAUGGCAACCUGUUCACGCAGCCGCAUGUUGGGGACAUUUGGAAGUACUUGAAUUAUUAGUGCAAAACGGGGCAGACUUAAACGCAAAAAAUAAACAUGAUGAAACUCCCGCGGAUAUAUGCGAAGAUCCAGAAAUUAGAGAGAGGAUAAUGGAAUUGAAAACAGAACAGGAAAGUAAACGACUUCGCGAAGCACAAGGUCGUAGGGUACGCAGAUCGCAAAGUAUAAAUACACGAACGCAAAGCGUACGUCGAACAUCCAUUCGAGACAAAGUUCUCACUACGAAAAAAGAUGCCCAAGAAGAAACGCGCUUGAGGUUACAAGCGCAACAGACAUACGUUAGCACUCCUACACCUACUAGUAUCCCGCCGUUGGAGAACAGUACGCAGGAGGUAGGGGACCACGAGACUGAUUCCGGCGCGCUGACCUCAGCGGUGCGGAAAGGUCCCGAGGGAAAAGACAACGAGUCUUUUCUUCACGAAGAUGUUGAUAAAGAUUCAGUGACAGGGCCUGACCCGCUGGUCGGCGGCCAGCAGCAGCCGCAGUCGCCGAUUUACUCCACGGACGCCGACACCAACAACGGCAAGAUCAACAUACACGUGUCCGUUGUUUUCGUGAAAUCCCUGUCGGAUCUGAAGAAGAAACGGGCGCAGAACCGGCACAUAUCCGGCGGCUCUCUAGACGCGAACGGAAACGGCAUCCCGAUGCCGGUCUCGUCCAUCUCCAAUUCCGAUCUCGACACCGACGAUUUCACCCAGCGCUUCACUGGGAACACCAGCGAGAUCGUGAGCGAUAAUCACUCGGAGAAGAGCUGCUGCACCCUCAUGUAAAAUCGCGCACAAUCUCGUUUCCCUUAUCCUUGCCCCACUAUUACGUACGAUGUCAUCGGAGCUCGCCGGAAUCCUUCGCACACAACGAGGAUGUAGUCCCGCGAUUAUCUUUCAGUAUUUCUUUUGAAGACUCAACACUGCAUUCUUGUACUUCCGCAACUUUUCGAGUCGCGCGUUUAAUCCGAGCCCGAGGGUCGUGAUAUUUUUUUAUUAGAUAUAUAUAUAUAUACAUAUAUAUAUAUAUUUUCCUAGAGCACAUAUAGCGACGUUAUGUACAUCACAGAUAAUACCCGUGGGGAGGCGUGUCGACAGCUUUAAAAUCAAAACGAUUGUCGGUUUUGAUGUCGCGCGAACGGCACUGUACUUAAAUCGUGACGAAACGUUCUCUCUGCGAUUGUUAUGCUUGUUGAAUCGCAAGCAGCGUGUUGAACAAGUUUGGUACCAAGAACACCUUGUUAUGGCAACUACUCAGAACGUGUACUUACAUUUGUAGAAAUAUAUAAUUGCAUUUUUCAAAUGGGUUUACAAUUGUCCAGCGCCUAAAAGCGUUUAAGUAUUGUACAGACUUUUACUUUAUUUAUUGUUAUAUUAAAGGAAAUGUAUAGACUACGCUAGAAAGAUAGGAGAUGUGUGUUUACAACUCGUAGUUAUUACCUAGACUCGAGUUUUUUCUAGUAUCUCUCCGCAGACAGGUAUAAGACUAUCGAACAUCUUCCAAUAUUUUUUAUGAGACUCUAGCUGUAAGGAUUGAGUGGAAACUGAUUUUUAUAUCAAUUUAAAGAUUAUUUGUAAAUUUUGAUAUGUAGUAUUUAUCUAUUACGACACUAUAGACUCCUCACUUGAAUUCCUUAUUCCACGUAUAGCAAAUCGCUAUGUACAUCGCUGAUUUACAAUUUUACACUUAUGUUGCGCCUUUGAUAACGCGUGAGACGUUCAAGUUUAAGAGAGGGGGAUUAUCGUUUUGAGGACUCAAAACAAAGGUUAUUUUUAGCUACAUUUUUUCGAAAACUAUGCAAUCGAUUCACUUUAAACUUUGCACACUUGGGCUGCGUCCAGAGAGCGCGCUAUUAGCGCUAUUGCGUCAUUCUGCCGUUAUCUUUCAUUAGAUGUAGAACAAGGAGAGAAUGAUGCGAUAACGCUGAUAGAGCUUUAUUCAUAUUGUAAAAACAUUUUAUGUAAAAUUACACCUAUUACAGUAAUGUUAAGACUAUAAUAAUCGUAAAUCUCUACGUCUUUGUUUUGCAAUGUAAAAUUAAUUUUUUAAUUUGUAAUUGAGCAGAUUGCAAAAGUAAAUUGCAAUAAAUAUAAAAAAAUUAUAGAAAUGAUCAUUGUAACAAUCUUCUUGUUAUCUACAUGUUGUAAACAAGUAGAAUGACUACUGUGCUCGCACACAGUGAUGUUAUGCGAGAUAGAAUUACGCAUGCGCAAUGAACGUUGAUCACACUAUUUCACUAUGAUAGAAUAUUACUGUUGUAUUACAUAAUACAUAAAAAUUUGAAUAAUUACAUAAAAUAUUUAAAAUGUCCUGUUAUGUACGUAAUUUUCCAUAUAAAAUGGAAAUUACGUUGAAAUUAGAUUAUAAAGAAGAAACUACUUUUUUCUCAAUUUUAAAACAAGUAAUUAUUGCACUUCUAAAAUUUCCAUUUAAAAUUUCCAGUUUUACGUCAAAAAUAAAAAAUAAUAUAUUUUAAUCCUACUAAUUCCAACAGUAAGCGAGCAUCUAUAAAUCUCAGAUAAAUAAUCUCAGAUUCACUUUUUCAUUUGGGAUCACUAACAAUAAGUGCAUAAAUUUUAUGGGAACUGUAAGACAUACAUGCACGCUCAAACAUAAAUUUUUAUAACUCUAUACUGUAAUGUUCUCUCUUUCUACUUGCAAGAAUUUCGAAUUACAAGUGAAAUAUGUAUUAUAUGUAUAAAAUUUAAAAUAAAUCGUACGUGUAGUUUUCGAAAAAAAGAACCACAUAAAAAUAGUCUUUUUCUCCGAAAAUAAUAAAAUCCCCCUUUAAUUCAAUAAUUCAUGCCGGAGAUAUUCGAUGUAUAAACAUGUAAACUUUACUUCUCUUUUUUAAAAUGUAAAGUUUAUGAAUCCUCCCGUAUAACGAGGGAGAGAGGUCCAGCAAAUCAAAACGGCAGUAACAAAUUUUAUUCGAAAUCACGCGUGUGUACGGGACCGUAUGUAAAAUAAUGAUCUGUCCUGUCGAACGAUCAUAUUUUUUACGUACACUUUGGGUCAAGCCACUUCCAAAUUAGAGAUACGAAAAAGGAAUCUUCGAAGGAAGUACAAAUAGUACAAAUGAACGCUCAUACAUUCCUCCACAAUAAUGCAUAAUAAAAUGUUGCCAAACUUUGCGCAGCUACCGGCCUUGCGACGACGCGGCGGCGGUCGCGUGGCUCAUUCCGCGUCUCGCAAUUGCGCUAAUCGCGAAAUUUCUAAUAAUAAUUGCCGCGAUUAUUCCAAUUAAAAGUAACGUAGCACACGUGCGCGAUGAUUCACGCAUGCAUUUGAUUGCGAAAGUUUAUGGCAAAAGUUGAUUUCAGUGGCUGUAUUUGAAAUGAAUUUAUGUGACGUCUACCACCUGUUUAUAUUAUACUGUAAUAUAGUAAUAUUAUAUAAAAAUAAAAUUAAUGUAUAUGUUAUCUUUUA